CAGGGAUAGAACCAGUCUAUUUUGCAUCUCAAUUGGGUUUGGGUUAUAGUUUCAACUAUUUAAACAUGUUUAGUACUGUAAUGGACGCUUUGCAGGGUUUUGGGAUCACUAGCACCCACUAUCUACAAACAAACUAUGAAGAUGCACAGGGCUUGUUUCUCUGGGUGUCAUGGGCAGCCGAUUUAAGAAACACAUUUUUUAUUUUCUUUCCUCUUUGGAUUCACCUGCGUGCCUCUGUGGGCAUCAAACUCAUCUGGGUAGCAGUGAUAGGAGACUGGUUGAAUUUAGUGUUCAAAUGGAUUCUGUUUGGGGAAAGGCCGUACUGGUGGGUGCAUGAGGCGUCCUACUAUGGCAACGGUGUCCGGCCACAUAUUGAGCAAUAUCCAAUGACGUGUGAGACUGGUCCAGGUAGUCCAUCAGGCCACGCUAUGGGAGCAGCUGGGGUCUACUACACUUUGGUCACCUCCAUCUUAGCGAUCAUGACAAGCAAGAAGAAAAUUGGAAGCAAGAAAACCAACAAAAAAGACUGGUAUCUUAAGGUCAUUUUGUGGAGCAUCUUUUGUGGGGUCCAAGUAUGCGUGUGUCUGUCGAGGGUCUUCAUCGCUGCACAUUUUCCUCAUCAGGUCAUCGCUGGCGUCAUCACAGGCAUGAUUGUCGCAGAGGCCUUUAACCGCACACAGUGGAUCUACAGCGCCAGCAUGAAACAGUACUUCUUCACCACGCUCUUCCUCACCUCCUUCGCUGUGGGCUUCUAUCUCCUGCUCAAAUCUUUGGGCGUGGACCUCCUCUGGACCUUGGAAAAAGCCCAAAAAUGGUGCGUCCAUCCUGAGUGGGUUCACCUGGACACCACCCCCUUCGCCAGCCUGCUCAGAAACAUGGGCACGCUGUUUGGACUGGGCCUCGGUCUUCACUCUCCUCUGUACACUGAAAGUAAAAAGAGCAACACUACGGGGCAGAAGUUGGCGUGCGUCGUGAGUUCUCUGGUUUUGCUUCAUCUUUUUGACUCGUUCAAACCUCCCACCCACACCGCGCCGCUCUUCUAUCUCCUCUCGUUCUGUAAAAGUGCCACUGUGCCCCUGGUGACGGUCAGUAUUGUCCCGUAUGUGGUGAAUGGGGCGCUCAAUCUGCAGGGGAAGAAGAAACUUUGAUAUGGGACACUCAAUAGACUUUAUUCAUCAUCUGGAAUUUGGACUGAAAUAAGUGAAGAAAACUAUUGAACGAUUACCGUGUUGUAUUCAUGGGUUUCUGUGAUAUCAGUAGAUGAUUUGAAGGACUUUUUAAGGACUACAUCCAAAACAUAAAAUACCUGAAAUUGGAAACCUGUGAAUGAAAUCUGUGAGCACUAUAUUGUAAUUAUGAAAUUGUCCAACCAUCACCUCAGAAGCUAACAGUUGAACUCUGUGUUUCAUGCCAUAUUUUUAU